AUGACUAUGACUCUGAUGACGAGAAACUGACAGAGUGAACUGAACUGACUCAAAGUUUCAACGCUGGCAGAGCUCCGGCCAAUAUCGUCAGGAUGAAUAAGUACACGUUCAUACCCAUCCUCCUGGCUUCGGCCAAUCCUUCGAGAACAAGCCUUUUCACCAUCACACGGUGUUGUCGGUCGGGAACACAUUCUACUGCGCAUAGCGGCAUUCGGGCAUUCACCACUGCGCAGGGUCUGAUGGCGCAGCAGCGUAGGAUCCUAGUAAUAACCCCCCCUUUCCCCCUCUCCAAAACACUUUAUUCCAUAUCUGACGCCAUCAAUGAUGAUUAGGUCUGCUCAAUCGGCAACCCAGGAAAAUACCUGAAUACCCGCCACAGCGCCGGCCACACGCUAUCAAACCUCCUCCAGGAGACGCUCGCCUUCCCACCAUUUAGGAAGAACACUAGCUACGGUGGCGACGUCUCCGUGGGCAGGUUCGACAGUACGUACACGCUCUUCCAGUCACCCUCGCUCAUGAACAUCUCGGGCGGAUCGGUGAAGAAGGCGUGGAAAGCUUUCAUGGCCGAACUCAGCAACGAGGAGAAGGGGAACGCAUUGCUGGUUGUGCUGCAUGACGAGUUGGAGGCUGCGCUCGGUCGGGUGAAGGUGAAGAAGGGGGGGUCUGCCAAGGGGCAUAAUGGGAUCGUGUCUUGUGCUGAGUCCCUGGGGUCGAAGGUGGGUGCUGUGCUGCCUUUGACCACUCUGGAGGGGGGGAAGGGGGGAAGGGGGGAAGGGGAGGAAGCUAAUGAUGAGACGCAUUCACAACAGGACUUUUGCAGGAUCGGCAUAGGCAUCGGGAGACCAGACAGUCGAGAUCGAGAUACAGUCUCUGAGUACGUCCUUGGGAAGAUGACGAGUUACGAGAAGGACACGCUUAAGAUGGAGUCAUUGCCAGAGGUACUCGCUGCACUGGAAAAGCUAUCAGCUGUUUAA